CACGCAAGCACAACUCCAGUGUGAAGGUGCUGUCACGACGAAACGACGAAGCAGUGCUACCGACGACAGACAAUACACGACCCCUCACACCGCCCGUCGCCUCAAGAUAAUCGAUCAUGUGUACGUUGUCCCUGCGAAACACCCGGGGAGACGACAAUGGCUGGAUGGCGGGAUUGGGUGAAUGCUAAUUUGAUGCUUGUGUGUAGCUAACCCCGAGAUGACACUUCGCGGAACCCUUGAAGGGCACAGCGGUUGGGUUACUUCUCUCGCCACCUCGGCUGAGAACCCCAACAUGCUCCUGUCUGGUUCCCGCGACAAGACUUUGAUCAUCUGGAACCUCACCCCGAACGGAGACAGCGCCGGUGUCCCCAAGCGCAGCCUGAAGGGUCACUCUCACAUUGUCUCGGACUGUGUGAUCUCCUCCGACGGUGCCUACGCUUUGUCCGCCUCGUGGGACAAGACCCUCCGCCUCUGGGAGCUGUCCACCGGUCAGACCACCCGCCGUUUUGUCGGACACACCGGUGACGUCCUCUCGGUUUCGUUCUCCGCCGACAACCGUCAGAUCGUCUCUGGAUCCCGUGACCGUACAAUCAAGCUCUGGAACACCCUCGGUGACUGCAAGUUCACCAUCACCGAGAAGGGCCACACCGAGUGGGUCUCGUGCGUCCGUUUCAGCCCCAACCACUCCAACCCCGUGAUUGUCUCCGCCGGUUGGGACAAGCUCGUCAAGGUUUGGGAGCUCUCUUCGUGCCGCAUCCAGACCGACCACAGCGGCCACACUGGUUACAUCAACACCGUCACUAUCUCCCCCGAUGGAUCGCUUUGCGCUUCCGCCGGAAAGGACGGAACCACCAUGCUGUGGGACCUGAACGAGUCCAAGCACCUGUACUCGCUCAACGCCGGUGACGAGAUCCACGCCCUUGUGUUCUCUCCCAACCGCUACUGGCUGUGCGCUGCCACCGCCUCGGACAUCAUCAUCUUCGACCUCGAGAAGAAGAGCCAGAUUGACAAGCUCUCGCCCGAAUGGAUCAGCAACAGCACCAAGGAGAACCCCAAGAAGACCAGGACCCCCGAGUGUGUGUCGUUGGCUUGGUCUGCGGACGGAAACACCUUGUUCGCCGGAUACACCGACAACAAGAUCCGUGUCUGGGGCUGCAGGGCAUAAACGGAAGUCUAGUUGGGUUGAAUUAAAAAAAAUAAACUUCGAAUUUUUUUUGAUUCACACAAAUGGCGACGAUAAAUUCCUCACAUCACUUGUUGGUUCUUCUUCAUGUGUUUGUGGCGGACUAGGGUAAACAAAACGGGGGCAGCAGGCGCAAUUCUACGGGCUGAUUUUACUCUUUUUCUUUUCCUUUUCUCGGUUUUUUUUUUGUCAGAUAAUUGGGAAAGGUUGGGGGCAAACUUUUCCAUUGUCCGUGGUCACUGGCACCUUCGAAUCAAGCAGAGCCAU